UAGUGCUUCGGAAAACGCACAACGAAUUGUCCGGCGGAAGGGCAACCCGAAAUCGAGACAGUACAGUAUCUCUCGGAGGGUAGGGAUGCCCACGCGGCAGGAGGGGGGGCGGGGCGACUCGAGUCCCCGCCCUCCUGUCACGCGAAGCCCCCCCCCCGCCUCGUGGUCUGAGCGGCUCCGCCCAUUGCCGGCGCGGCUGCCCCUGCCUGUCUAACUCCCGCUGACCCGAAGAAGCGAGGGGAGAGGUUGUUUAGUUGUCCAGAAGAUGAAGAUAAGUUGGUCUGCAUAUGACACAUUUGAAGCAAAUUUCAGACCUUUGGUGGUAGUUGAGCUUUCAGAAGACACCAAAGAUGAAACCAAGGAAUGGCUAACAAAAAAGAUUGUGGAGAAGAAGAAAAAUGGAGGAGCACAGCUUUUGGUUAAACCCUUGGUGGAAGGUGGGAGAGAAAUUGAAGGAAGCAAGAACAUAUAUCUUGUUGGAGCGUCCCACGUGAGAUUGCUUCUAGGAGCUGAAGCAGUGGGGUUGGUAAAAGAAUGCAAUGAUAAUACAAUGAGAGCCUUUACAUAUAGUACUAGAAAAAACUUCAAGGAUUUUGCAGAGGACAAUCAUGAUUUCCUUACAAUGGCAGAAUGUCAGUACAUCAUCAAACACGAACUUGAAAACCUAAGAGCCAAAGAUGAAACAAUGAUCCCUGGCUAUCCUCAGGCAAAACUUUAUCCAGGAAAGUCAAUUAUGCGAAGGCUAAUGACUAGUGGUAUUCUAAUUCAGGCUUUCCCACUUCAUGACACAGAUGAAUUAAAGAAACUUAGGCAUACCUGGUAUGGACGACUGAAAUUUAGCUACCAGCCUUUAGAUGAAAUCCGCUGCUAUUUUGGUGAAACAAUUGCCUUCUACUUUGCAUUUUUGGAGUAUAUUACAUUUGCUUUGAUUCCAAUGGCUAUCAUUGGGAUUCCUUAUUACAUCUUUGAUUGGGAAGACUAUGACAAGUAUGUGCUAUUCGCAGGAUUCAAUCUCGUUUGGUCUACUGUUAUUCUUGAACUAUGGAAACGGUGUUGUGCCAUUAUGGCCUACAGAUGGGGCACACUAUUGAUGAAGCGACAGUUUGAGGAACCUAGACCAGGGUUUCAUGGGGUUUUAGGUGUCAAUCCUGUGACUGGAAGAGAGGAGCCAGUAUACUCAAGCUUCAAAAGACAAUUAAGAAUUUAUCUGGUUUCAUUACCAUUUGUGUGCCUUUGCCUCUACCUCUCACUUUACGUAAUGAUGAUUUACUUUGACUUGGAAUACCAGGCACAUUUGUAUCAUGAAGAGAACCAAUCUGACUUUAGCAGCUUGCUGUUAUACGUGCCCAGCAUAAUUUACGCUGUUGUGAUUGAAGUUCUGAACCGCAUUUAUAGAUAUGCUGCAGAGUUCUUAACCUCAUGGGAAAAUCAUAGAUUGGAAUCUUCGUAUCAGAAUCACUUAGUUCUGAAAGUCUUAGUGUUCAACUUCUUAAAUUGCUUUGCUUCUUUGUUCUACAUUGCAUUUGUCUUGUUUGACAUAAAGCUUUUGAGACAGAGCUUGGCAACUUUGCUAAUAACUUCCCAAAUCCUUAAUCAGUGUGUAGAAGCACUGCUGCCAUAUUGGCUCCAAAAGAGACGGAAUAAGAGGGUCAAGAAAAAGGUGAAAGCACUGGAAAAAGAUGCUGAUUUAUCUUUAUACGAGCAAGUCAAUUUGGAAAAAGGAAUGGAUACUUAUUUGGGAACUUUUGAUGAUUAUUUGGAGUUGUUUUUACAGUUUGGCUACGUGAGCCUUUUUUCUUGUGUCUACCCCUUGGCAGCUGUUUUUGCUGUGCUAAACAAUGUCACAGAGAUGUAUUCUGAUGCCUUAAAAAUGUGCAGAAUCUUUAAACGUCCAUUUGCAGAGCCCACUGCAAAUAUAGGUGUAUGGCAGUUGGCUUUUCAAACAAUGACAGUUAUAUCAGUAGCUACCAAUUGUGUUCUGAUUGGCAUGUCACCCCAAGUAAAUGCACUCUUCCCAGAGUCAAAAGUGGAGCUUAUCCUGAUUGUAGUGUUGGCAGAGCAUUUAGCAUUAGCUCUGAAGUUUCUUAUGUCAUAUGUGAUUGCUGAUAAACCACGAGACAUUCAGAUAAAAUUGGCAAGGCUAGAAUUUGAAUCUCUGGAGGCACUCAAGCAGCAGGAAAUGAAGUUGGCAGCAGAAUCCUUGAAAGAACAAACAGCCUAGGAUGAUAAUCUGAACAGUUUUGGAAGAGCAUAUACAAGUAUUAACAACAAAAAUGUCUGAUAUUUUUAUUUGAUCAUAGUACUCCAUGGAAAAUAUUACCAUAUUCUUAUCCACCACUGAAAGCCUGAUUGAAAGAAAAAAAGUUAUCAACAUGCUGUACGAAAUAUAGAGCCUGAUUGAAGUCUGUGCCAGAUCUAGUUAUGCUCUGCAGCUACCAACUUGAUCAGAAUGUCCCUUACAGAUGCAAAUAUUCAUAGUCACCCAGUAAUCCUAAACUGUAGCUUUUAAAAGCACUCUGGAGGCAGCAGUCCUUAAUUCACAGCCCUGUAUCCCUCAUGGCAAAGAAUUUUAUCUUCAUACUAGAAUAUUUAAUCAACCUAAUUUUUUUAAAGUCAGCUUAUUAGAUAGUUCCCUGCAUUUAAGAAGAAAUGAAUCUAAAUCUUAUUUACUGUAAAAUGUGUAUAAAUUUUUCCCAUAGGACCAGUCUCAUGCAAAGUGUUUUUUAAAGAAAUGUAUACUGUAUGAAACUGUUAGUGCUUAGCUUUAAAAUCUCUGUGCCUACUAAAAUGGUUCAUUCCAUGGAGCCAGAAAAGUUUCAUUUGACAUGGAACACAGCUCAUUCAUCUUGAUUCUAUCUCAGUGAAGAUAACAAUUAAACCCACAUGUAUCUCCUUUCUGCUGUGCAUUGACUUCUACUUUGGUUUGUCAUUAAAUGUAGGCUGCAUUACAUAAAACUUUAAUCUGUCUAGGAAGGCAUGUCAUUAAAACAUUGGAUCAUUGUGAAUCUCUCUCCUCGCUCCCAGCCCCAUGGGUUCCAAAAUACAGUAUUGUUUGUACCAUA